AUGUAUAUACACACACACACACUUGAAUAUACAUACGCGCGGCACAGACUAAGAAAAAUCAACCCUGCGAUCUAUUGGAUAAGUGUAUUGAUUGGAUCUUUUGUAUUAUGUGGAUUUUUGUCGUACGAUAUAGUCUUGAAAUGGUACAAUUUUCCAGUGAAUAGAUUUAAUAUCAACGAACCACGGCACAUAUCUGAAAAUCCAUUUCCCGCAAUAACAAUUUGUCACAACGAUCCUAUUAGUUCAAAUACAAUGAACUUAGCCUCCAUACUGAAUUGGAAGCAAAAAAACAAAACCGACGAAGAAUGGCAGACACUGAACGUUGUAUAUGAAAUGUGUUCAUGGAAACAUAAAAUCCUUAAACUAGAAUAUAUAAAUCCCGAAAUCGUCUAUAAAGUACUGAAAGAAUUUUCAACCAAAUGCGAAGAUACUAUAAAACAAAUUCGAUGGAAAGAUAAAAUCAUUGAUCACCCUUGCGAAAUCAUGCAACCUGUAUUUUUAUUGAAUAAUUUAUGUUUUAGUUUUAAUGCUCUACCAUACUAUGAUAUGUAUAGACAAAUGCCAUACAAAUUGCAAGAUAUACUUCAGACAGGAAAAAAAUGGACAAGUUUAACGAGUAACUGGAAUUUGGAUGAUGGUUACAAUGGUAAUUCAACAUCAAAUAUACCAUGGAAUAUGAAAUCCACAGCGUUUUGGAAUACUGUUGAGUUUAUAUUGGCACAAAAAGAUUCAAUUAAUGGUUGUUCGAGUAAACAAGGAUUCACAAUUUAUUUUCAUAGUCCAUCAGAUGUCCCAGACUAUUCACAUUCUUCUUUAAAACUUUCAAAAAAUAGUCAUAGCUUUGUUCAAAUAAUAACUCAAUUGUCGUUGACAGACGAUGGCUUAAAAAGUUGGACACCUGAAAAACGAGGAUGUUAUUAUUUGAAUGAGAAGUGGCUAAAGUACAACACAAUAUAUUCGUAUAUAAAUUGUUAUGCCGAGUGUCAGGUGAAUUAUACUGAGACUUUGUGUGGUUGUGCUCCAAUUUAUAGAAUAAACAGUUCUUUUCCCGUGUGUGGACCUAAAUUGAAAAGUUGUCAAGCAAAUGCCGCAAUUCAUGUACAGAGAGCAUACCAUACAUGCAAAUGUUUGCCAUCUUGUACAGACAUUGAUUACGAGUUAUCUUAUUCAAUAGUACCAAAAAACUUCAGCUCAAUAAGAAAAUCAUUAACGUUUUUGAACAACAUAACUGACAGUAAUGAUUUGGUUAGCAUUGAAGCUACAGUUAAUUUGGAACACACGUGGCCUUUGAGAAGAAACGCUGAAGAUACUAAUUUAGGCUACAUAAGUAAAAUUGCUGGAAUGACGAAUUUGUGCCGUGGAGUGAGCCUGAUUUCAUUAUUGGAAACUUUUUAUUUUAUAUUCAUCAACCCUUUUUUCACUGAAAAAAAUUAAUUGUUUUAUACAUAAUAAUUAAUUAAUUAGAGUUUAUGUUUAUAUUAAGGAUGCACCUAUAACAUUUAAGAUAAACAUA